AUGGCGCAAAUGCUGCUGUGGGUGGUAAUGGUCGUGGCCCUUGCGAGUGAACUGCUUAGAGACUGCUGCGCUGCAGACGCUGCUGGUGAUAACCAGUCGUUCUUGGACUUUUCGUUCAAGGACUUGCGUGGUCACGAAGUCUCCAUGCGCGCGUUUAGUGCGUUUCCCGUGAUUCUUGUCGUGAAUGUAGCAAGCGAGUGCGGCUACACGGACAAGAACUAUCGCGAGCUGCAGGAAUUGUAUGAGAAAUACCACGACGAGGGGUUUAUGGUGCUGGGCUUUCCUUGUAACCAAUUUGGUGGACAAGAGCCGGGGACGAAUGAUGACAUCAUGAAGUUUACACAGGAAAAGUACCACGUCACGUUUCCACUUUUCACCAAGGUGGACGUUAACGGAGACAAGGCGCACCCGCUGUUUCAGUUUCUGAAGAAGCGACUGGAUGGAUUCGUGACGAACGACAUCAAGUGGAACUUCACCAAGUUUCUGAUUGUUAACCAUGAACCGGUGAAACGGUAUGGCACGACGACGUCACCAUUGGAGAUUGAAAAGGACAUUAUGCAGGCGUUGCACAGCAGCCGUCAAGUGAAUGAGUUUGACGAUGGCGGUGCGACGGACGGGGAUUACGGAGACGCUCACGACGAGUUCUGA